AUGCAGCCGCCUCAGAAUUUUAAAGAAACCCAAAAGCUGGUCGGCCGAAUAACUACGCUGUCAAGAUUCAUUUCUAGAUCUGCAGACCGAGCUGCUUCUUUCUUCAAGGUGCUAAGAAAGGCCUCCAAAUUUCAAUGGGAUGAAGAAUGCACCCGAGCAUUCGAAGAACUGAAGAAGUACUUGGAGACUCUCCCUUCUCUCUUUAAGCCAGUUGUAGGAGAGCCUUUAUGGGUAUAUUUGUCGGCCACCCAUGAGGCUGUAGGGGCCGUGCUCGUAAAAGAACAUGAUAAUGUAGAACGGCUAGUGUAUUUCUUUAGCCAUUUAUUGAAAGGAGCUGAGUCCCGAUACAUGGCUCUCGAAAAGUUAGUUUAUGGACUGGUCCUUAUGGCUCAGCGGUUAAGACCCUAUUUCUUGUCGCAUCCUAUCACUGUCCUAACCAACAACACUAUGGGGAGAGCGCUAACUAAUGUAGAAGUUGUGGGUUGGCUUAUCAAAUGGGCCACAAAGUUGGGAGAAUAUGACAUACAGUACCAGUCGCGCACCGCUAUUAAGGCACAGGCCUUGGCAGAUUUCUUAACAGAAGUACAUCAAACUAGCUCUGAAGAAAUAUGGAAGAUCUAUGUGGACGGGUCUGCUAAUCAUCAUGGAAGCGGGGUGGGGGUCUUGGUAAUAUCUCCUCAAGGAGAUAUACUUCAGUUGGCGGUUCGAUUGAAUUUUCGAGCCACGAACAAUGAGGCAGAGUAUGAGGCUUUGUUGGCCGGACUGCAAGCAGCCAGACAUGUAGGGGCCGCCCGAAUAAUUGUUUAUUCAGAUUUCCAGUUAGUGACUCAGCAAGUUACCGGCAACUUUAUGAUAAACUGUGAUAAAUUGCAAAUGUAUCGGGAAGCUUAUGAGAAGAUGAAGGCAAAAUUCAUAGAGGUCACUGUAACCAAGAUACCCAGGUCGGAGAAUGAGCAGGCAGACGAGUUAGCAAAGAUGGCCAGUUCCUUAACUACUUGGGUGCUGGAUCGGUCAACGGCGCAAACCUUUCUGAUAGCCCAGAUAGAUUUGCAAAAUAAUGCAGAAGCAACUAUUGAUUGGCGGGCACCCAUGAUCAGCUAUCUCAGGCAGGGUAUCUUACCUACAGAUCCAGAAGAGUCACGGCUGAUCAGGAGGCAAGCGCAUGCUUAUGUAAUGAUUGGAGAUCAGCUCUACAAGAGGUCUUUUUCUCGACCUUUACUCAAAUGUUUGGGGGUAGAGGAAGCAGAUCAAACUUUGCGAGAAAUACACCUGGGAUGCUGUGGCAAUCAUGUAGGCAGUCGGACUUUAUCUCGCAAGGUACUCCUGGCCGGGUAUUUCAGGCCUACUUUACAGAGGGAUGCUCACAAAUUGGUGAACACAUGCUUAUCUUGCCAAAAACAUCAAAACUUGACGCAUCGACCCACGACCCUGUUGAGAACGUCUAUAGUUUCCUGUCCUUUUGAUCAAUGGGGCAUGGAUAUUGUGGUCUCAUUUCCGAUGGCGCCCGGUCAAAGGCGUUUCUUAUUGGUGGCCAUGGACUGUUUUUCUAAGUGGGUAGAAGCAGAAGUUCUGGCCCGGAUCACAGAAGAUGUUGUCAUUCAAUUCUUGUGGAAGAACAUUCUUUGCAGAUUUGGUAUUCCUCACAAGCUGGUGUCUGACAAUGGAAGGCAGUUUCAAGGACAAUGA